GCCAUCAGUGUGAUGCGGGUGUGCAGUACUGCUGGCUCGUAUGGUUGCUGCUUGCUGUCAAAAUUUAGGCAGCAAUACUCUAGAUUUAUUGAUAGUGCCAGUGAUCUACGAGGGACAAUCUGUUCCAGCACCUUUUUGCCCGUCCGUAUAUCACGUUUAAACGAUACCGCCGACAGACUGCGAGAGAUGGAGAACCCUGUGUAUCCCUCACCCUUCCUUAAAAUUCUGGAUACCGUUACUGUCGGACUUAUGGCUUAUCUCCUACUGAAAUUUCUGGAAUGGGGAUUCCGCACUUUCGUUUGGCCUUUAUGUGAAUUCUUCAUUGCUCAUUGCAAACAUCCCGUCCUGUUCCGACGGACAUUUCGGGUGUGGAUCAGGACGUCGUGCUACGGUGUGGCAUUGAUCUGUACGGCUGUUGCAACCACUACGAAAUUUGCAAUGUGGCUUUUGUGUGGUACACUACGCACUCUUUCCUCCUGGACGGAAAUAAAGAAACUCUGCAAAGAACUGGCAGGAAUCUUGAAGGAUCCGCGCGAAGUGCAAAACCGGAUUAUGGAAUGGCUGGCUGUGGAAAACAGCACAGUACUUCUUAACGAGGACUUCUUCUCUGGCCCACUGUCGGUUUUAAUCAACUGCUUAAAGCUUAAUAGCAAGGAACAGGAUAUUCUCAUCUCCGCUGGAUUCGAUCCAGCCGAGCGGCUGCUCUCUGUACGGGAACGGGAUUGGGAACAGCCGCCCCUGUUUGGAAUCAGGGCUGCUAACCGAUAUCUGAUUCGGGAAAUGGUAGAAGUGGAACGUAAAAGACGGGGCAUACUAACCGAUGUAUAAUAUUGUCCCCACUGAAGUCCCACAAGAAACGAGCCGAUGAGUGAUCACUACAUACGUCAGAGGUCUUUUAUCACAUAUAUACU